CAUUAAUUAUACAAAUAGACACUAAAUACUGAAUGGAAGUAACUUUUUGUAAAUGUCGUGCCAUUCCUCGCAAUGGGUUAGCCCUGGCAUCGAUUGUUACGCUGUGCUGAACGAUCUUUUGCUAUCAUAUGCUUUUAUGAACAGGUGCUUAGGCUUUACCUGAUUUGUGCUUUUAUUUCCAUUAAUAAUUCCUUCAAAAUUGAGGGAAAACCAGAUGUUUCGGAGAAAUCGCUACAGAAUUAGAUGCGACCGAAUGGGCAAUUGUCUCGCAUGGCUCAGACCCAGUCGGGUCCGACUCACACCAGCUAAUAGAUAUCGAUCUGACGAUAGGGUCAUCUCAUCGGAAACAAAUGCCGAGACUUAUAAUUCAAGUUAUGCUCAAAGCACUAGAAUUACAAUUCCUGUCUUCGAUGACAGAAAUCCAUCCAAUGUUAACAUUAUUUUAGAGGACGAAUGGAGUGCUAAAGUGGUAAAAGUGGACGGAUUUAAUGUUUCCAUCGAAAUAUCUUCAGCCCCGACAGCCAUUAUUGGCGAAUACACUAUUAGUGUUGAAACAAAGUCGUUGAGUAAAGGCAACCGAUCUCUUCAGGCAAACCAUGUGUCGGAAUCAAUAUAUUUAUUGUUUAAUCCGUGGAAUAAAAGGGAUUCUGUAUUCCUUAAAGAUAGGGAUGGAAGAGAGGAAUAUGUGUUAAAUGAAAGUGGAAUUAUAUGGAGAGGUACUCAUGAAAAGAUGAAGCCCACGCCCUGGAACUUUGCACAGUUUGAUGAAUAUGUUCUGGAGGCCAGUCUUUAUGCCCUGUCAAAGGUGGGACGUCUUAGUGUCACCGAUAGAGCCGAUCCCAUCAAAGUAUGUCGACAUAUAUCAGCCAUUGUGAACAGUGUGGACGACAACGGAAUUAUGGUCGGCAACUGGAAGGAGGACUUUGACGCGACCCCACAGGAGCCGUCUGAUGGCCUGUACCGGUGCGGACCCACUAGUGUUGAGGCCAUAAAACAGGGCGAAGUCAACAGACAUUUUGAUGGAAAGUUUGUUUACGCAGAAGUAAACGCCGAUGAAUACUACGCUAUGGAUGACUUCCGACUCCGAAUGCCUGAUAUUAUAAUACAAAUAAUCGGUGAUAUAAUUCAGGGCAAACCAUUCACCUGUAAUGUGUAUUUUAUAAACCCAUUACCAAGAUCUUUGACCAAAGGCGUCUUUACUAUUGAAGGACCAGAUUAUUCGAAUCGGCUUAGAAUGCCAUUGAAAAUGUAA